GUUUUGCCCCUGGGCUCACCCCCUCUCUCUGCAGGCAGCGAUGCCCCUGGAGCCCCUGAUCUGUGCUGACACAGGCACCCGGGUGAGCUCCGUGCUUAACCGGGACGUGAAGCAGUUUGGCAAGAAGCACAUGUUCGAUGGGAGCGAGGAGACUUGCUGGAACUCGGCUGAGGGGACGUGCCAGUGGGUCACUCUGCAUUUCCCUCGAGCUGUCAAGGUCUCACAGCUCCACAUCCAGUUCCAGGGGGGAUUUUCCAGCCAGCUGUGCACGCUGGAAGGCUCCAGAGCAGGUGAAGAACCAGUGAAGCUGCCUGUCCUGUACCCUGAGGACACCAAUGCCAUGCAGAGAUUCCAAGUGGAGGAGACAGUGCUGGAUAAGCUGAAGAUCACCUUUGAGAAGAGCACAGACUUCUUUGGGAGGAUUGUGGUGUAUCACCUGGGGGUGCUGGGGGAGAGGCUCUAAGGGCAGUCUGGGGGGCUGCUCCCCCAUUGCCUCCCCAAGGGUGUGUGUGGGGGGUGGAAACCAGGGCAACAAACCCCAUCAGUGGGGCCCUGCAGCCCCCAAUUGCACCCCCAGGUGCUGAGAGGGGGCUCCAUGGGAUGGCAGUGAUGGAGGGCACCAGUGCAGGCACCCAAGUGCUGGACUUCUGAGCUUUUGGUGGUACACAGCCUGUGGAACCACCCAAAUAAAUGGUGUCCCCUCUC